UUUCGACUCGAGUCAGUCGUCGAUUGAGGCUUGCCGGACGAUGACGAACGGAGUGAAAAGGGCGAAGCUGGUGCCGGCCAGCGACGCACCUUCCAAUUCAUCAUCGUCAUCAUCAUCCGCGGAAAUGUCGACGAUGGCGAAAAAUAACAGCAAUAAGAGUAAUUCGAAGAGUACAAAGAAGCGGGAAACUUUCGAUCCGAUGGCAGUUACUUGGAUGGAAAAGUACAGCGAUCAGAUGGAGAAGAUCUGGAGCCGAUUGCCGAAUUUCGUAGGUUCCGCAAUCGCUACUUGCGCGAUAUUUCUUCUCGGCGCGACGAUGCGCGGUGAAUGGCUGUUGGUUGUGGUGCAUUUUGCGAAGCACCUUGGCUAUGGAACGGUGGAAAAGAACGGAACAAGCGGUGAAGAUGAGACGUCAGCGUCGGUUGAUUGGGCCAAAAUAUCGCUGGAGAAUUUCUACUUGCAAAAUUUGUCGUGGUAUUGGGUCGCAGCGUGCUCCGUGUCCUACACGAUGUACUUUGCCAUUGGCGGUUUUCUCCAUUGGUACUUCUACGUCCGCCAACGGGACAAGGCAGAGGAAUGGAAGUGCCAGCCGCAGAAAUGGAUAACGCCGGAGCUGGAGCGUCACGAGAUAAUAAUCGGAACGAUCAGCCUUCUCUUGACGAGCACCUUCAGCGCCUGCCUCGCCUGCUACAUCAGUAACGGGGGUCCCUGUAGCGUCUACUAUAAAUUCGACGACUACUCGUGGACCUGGUGGUUCCUCUCCUGGCCCGUGAUCUACAUUUACCUGGAUUACGCAACGUACUGGCUCCAUCGUAUCUACCACACCCCCUGGCUCUACAAGCACUUCCACAAGCUGCACCACAAGUACAAACAGCCGACUGCCUUCUCAGUGACCGCGAUCCACCCGGUCGAGAUCCUCCACAUUCAAAUAUGCCUCUGCAUUCCACUGUUCGCGCUGCCAACGCACUGGGUGCCGUACUGCACAAUCGCGAUGUACAACUACUACCACGGCAUCAUCGACCACUCCGGCAUCAAUUUCAAGGCCUACUGGUGGCAGCCCUGGCAGCCGGACGCGAUCUUCCACGACAACCAUCACCAAUACUUCCACGUCAACUUCGGCUUCAACUGCUUCAUCUGGGACAAGAUCCACGGCACGUACAGACAGAAGGACCGAAUCUACACCGAGGACACUUACUACGGUAAGGGAAAGCUGAUCAGCGAGGCUACCAAGAACGAAAUCGAGGCUGACAUGGAGGAACGGGAUUCUGAGAACCCCCUCGCCUACAGGGACAACAAACUGAUAUACAAGAUAUCGAAGAAGGAGUUGGAGGGCAAGAAGUUGGAAUAAGUCAGCGUGCGAGUCGUUCGUCGAGAUUUGCUCAUCAAUUUUCAUAGACGGCUGUACGAACGAGUAGCUGUGAGUAUGAAGAAUAAUUUUGGGGCAACGAUUUCUCCUCUGUUUCAAAUGUGAGAGAAAAUAAAAAUCAUUGCACAGUUUUCGGCCCACGUUAUAUUGCGGCUAGUCGUCGAAUCGCUGCGGGAUAUUUGGGACAACUAUAAUUCGUGCCCAGUUCGUCUCAAGCUUUUUGUCAACGAUCUAUGUUAUUUAAAUUCUUGCAAUAUACCGGGAUCACCGACGUCGGUGUGAUAAUUAUUUUUUAUAGAUAUAGUUAGUGAUAUAGUUGAACUGAAAUGUAAUAUUUUUAGAUACCAGGGUAUUGACAUAUUGUAAUUAACAAAGCGAUUAAUAUUGUAAUUAGUAAUUAUCACGGUAAGAAAAUUUACUGUGAAUCAACAGAUAGAUAUCAUUUAGUUGUAAUCGAAGAGUGAAAUAAACGAAAUCAAAUUGUAA